AUGAGUUCUUCCAAGGCACAGCAACAAACACACAACCCAUGUCCUCCUCAUGCGGUGUGCAUACCAUACCCAGCACAAGGCCACAUCAACCCAAUGCUGAAACUAGCAAAGCUCCUCCACCACAAGGGCUUCCACAUCACCUUCAUCAACACCGAAUUCAACCACCGCCGCCUCAUCAAAUCCCAGGGCCCCCACUCCCUCUCCGGCACCGCUUCCUUCCGCUUCGAAACCAUUCCCGACGACCUCCCUCCCUCAGAGGCCAACGCCACGCAGGACAUCCCGGCACUCUGUCACUCCAUUUUGCACAACUUUAUAGAUCCCUUCAGAAUCUUAGUCGCCAAACUCAACCACGACGCUGCUGCUUCAUCGGACGUACCUCCGGUGACAUGCAUAGUUUCAGAUGGGACAAUGAGCUUCACUCAGAAAGUGGCUGAAGAAGUGGGCAUACCUGCUGUUUUUUUCUUCCCUGCCAGUGCUACUGCCUUAAUGGGCCUUGUGGCUUAUCCCCAACUCAUACAGAAGGGUAUUGCACCACUCAAAGGUGCGUACUGA